GGCCCAGUUAUCCUGGGCAACCUCCAGCAGGAAGAUGGGCUGAAGCCGCCGAGUCACCUGGCCUCACCUGCAGGGGUGAUGAACUCCAGGAAAAACCCAGCACUGCUUCCCUCCUCCCCCCACCUGAAGGUGCCCAGUGGAAUAUCCCCUUGCAUCCCUUCUUAUCUCCUCAAAAAUGCUGAAAAGCAGAAUUCUCACCUCGCCCAGUCCUUAAGGAACCUGGUCUGUCAAAAUCCCUCCUGCGCCCCCAUGAACGGGUCUCCAGAGCCCCUCAAAGCUUGCCCGUCCCCCCCUCAAGUCAAUGGAAUCAGCAACUGCUUGAGUGCCUGCGCCACCAGCGGUAGUUCUGCAGAAGGCCCAGCCGCUGAGCAGCACCUCAAGAAACCCACGGCAGCGAACCACAGCCUGCCCGCCGUGGCUUUGGCCCUGGACAACAGCUGUGUCGCUGCCCGGAUCCGUCCCAUCUGUAGGUACAAGAAGCGCCGGCUGGUGAGAAUUAACUCCAUUGCUCACCUGAACCAAAAGCCGCCAAAGCCUCUCAGCCUGAAGUGCACCUGUGAGCAGCCCAACUCCUGCGUUUUGUGUGGCUUCAAGGCUUCGCUGCCGACCGUCGACCCGGAGGCCACGUCUUUGGAGGAACGGAUCGCUCUGCUGGACUCCGGCUUCCACCCCAUCCUCUCCUUCCCACACAGUGAGUAACUUGACACCACCCACAACUCCUCCUCUCUGAAAUUACUCUCUGGCCUCCUUCGCUUUCCCCCCUCUGUUGUGUUUGCAGGCACAAAAACCCCCAGGCUUGUUUCCUCGCCUUAUGACUGCAAUGGAGCCCAACACUUCCAUUGCUAAGUGAGACAGCGAUGAAGGGAGGUUGAGGGAAUCGGGCUUUCCCCAUGGACUUGGC